GCCAGAGGCUGAAGUUUCACUCACCCAUGGUUCUCUGCUGGAUGUGAUAUGCUGAAAUUUGAGCUGUCUUUAAAACCAAAGAUCCAUGAGUCCCCCUCCAAGCCCUUCUCCAACCAGGUGGUUCAAAGCUCUUCUGAGACAAUAGCAGGAGACGUAUGUCUGAAGAGUGGAGCAACAGUUUGCUCAGAAGUCCUGAAGAUAGCCAGAGCUGCCUUCCAGGCUGGCCGGACAGUCCAGGACAGUUUCAGGCUGGCCCAGUUGGAGGCUUUGGUCCAUAUGCUCAUGGAACAUGAGUGCGACUUUGUGGAUGCUCUCAGCAGGGAUGUGCAUAAGCCUCGCCUUGAAACUGUGAUGUCAGAGCUGAUAAUAGUGAAAAAUGAGGCUCUGCAUGCCAUCAGCAACUUGACGAAAUGGAUGGAACCCCAACGCAUGGAACGCAACUGGGCUACAGCAUUUGAUGAAUGUUUGGUGGUUAAUGAGCCGCUGGGUGUGGUAUUGAUUAUUGGAAACUGAACCAGCCCUCUUUAACUUAACAUACCUCUAGUGGGUGCCAUUGCAGCUGGUAACUGUGUGAUUAUCAACCCAUCAGAAACCUGCACUCAUACAGCUGAGCUAUUGCAAAGACUAAUACCAGCUUACCUGGACAAUGAGUGUUUCCACUCUGUUGUAGCAGCAACAAAUGAAAUUCCAGAAAUGGUCAACCUCAAAUUUGACAAAUAUUUUUACAUGAAUUGUCCCAUUGAAUUAAAUGGGUCAAUUUACACUCACUGUGACAGUGGAAUGGGCUCCUAUCACGGUCGCUACAGUUAUGAUGCUUUCUCUCAUAAGAAGUCCUGCCUACUGCGCACCACCCGGAUUGAGUGCAUGACAUACUUGUGUCACCCACCUUAUGAGGACUGCAACCUGUCCCUGGUCACCCUGGCCAGCUCUGCGAAUCUGAGGAGCCAGGGCUGGUGCACUAUACUGUAA